CCUGACCUCAACUGGUCAAACAUGCUCUCACUAUCCAGACACAAGCAGCUAAAUGUUCAUUAGCAAAUAUUGAUUGAGCUAUAGCUCACAGAGUGGAUGUCAGAAAAAAGGCUGCAAAACAGGAAAGUAAGCGGGCAGGAAUUCCACAUCAACUGACCGGGAUAAGGAGUAAAGAGAGCUUUACUACAACCACCACCCAGUCCAACCUGGUUUUCUGAGUUUGUGCCCAACGACCCUCCUGAAUGAACGAGUGGGUGGGCCCUGACAUCAAUGUGGUGGGAGCGCUACCAAUUCCACCCGGCGAUGAAUUCUCCAUCUCAGAGAGCUCCCACUUGUUUGAUAUCCUGGCAGAUCAGGUCAGUCCUCUCCUGCAGGAUUCCGACAUCUUACCCUUCACCGGCUAUUCCAGCAUGCAGUAUCAGUCCAUGGAGCCUAACAUGUCUUCCACACCAUACUACUCCAAUCAGAACUACUACCCUCAGUACCAUGGAGACGAAUGGUUCUCACACACAGGGAUAUAUGAACUGAGGAAAGAACCUCUGGGGGUCGGCUAUGAUGCUGAGAUGGAGGAGGUGUCCACUGUGAUGCCCGUUGUGUGCAAGAGGACCCGACACAUGUUGCAGGCUGGAAGGAUCAAAGGGGAAGAACUAUGUGUGGUGUGUGGAGACAAGGCCUCUGGAUACCACUAUAACGCUCUCACCUGUGAGGGAUGUAAAGGUUUCUUCAGAAGAAGCAUAACCAAGAACGCUGUGUACAAAUGCAAGAGUGGUGGAAACUGUGAAAUGGACAUGUACAUGCGCAGGAAAUGCCAGGAGUGCCGGCUAAGAAAGUGCAAGGAGAUGGGAAUGCUGGCUGAAUGCCUGCUGACAGAGAUCCAGUGUAAGUCUAAAAGACUGCGGAAGAACACCAAGGCGUCCCCGAGACAGUCGACCGGAGACGAGACAGAGGGGGCGGACAACACAGACCACAAGCACGUCUCCUCAACCACCAAACUGUCGAGGGAAAAGGUCGAAAUGACCAAAGAGCAGCGGGCUCUCAUGAAAGCCAUCGUAGAUGCUUACAACAGACAUCAGAUUCCUCAAGACGUGGCCAAAAAACUGCUGCAAGAACAGUACAGUGCAGAGGAAAACUUUCUCCUAUUGACAGAAAUGGCUACAAGUCAAGUUCAGGUUUUGGUGGAAUUUACAAAGAAUAUUCCAGGUUUUCUCUCUCUGGAUCGUGAGGAUCAGAUCGCUCUGCUGAAGGGUUCGACUGUGGAGGCCAUGUUUCUACGCUCAGCUCAAGUUUUCAGCAGAAAGAUGCCCAACGGACACACGGUAGUUUUGGAAGAGAGGAUACGCAAGAGUGGUAUACCAGAUGAAUUCAUGACACCCAUGUUCAACUUCUACAAAAGCAUCGGUGAACUCCACAUGGUGCAGGAGGAACAGGCUCUACUCACUGCCAUAACCAUCUUGACGCCAGACCGGCCUUACGUCAAGGAUCAUCAGGCUGUCGAGAGGCUUCAGGAGACCAUGCUGAACGUGCUGAGGAAGCUGUGUGUCCUGCAGCACCCACAGGAGCCGCAGUACUUUGCUCGUCUGCUGGGCCGCCUGACGGAGCUGAGAACACUCAGCCACUACCACGCAGAGAUGCUCACGUCCUGGAAAAUGAACGACCAUAAAUUUACGCCGCUGCUCUGUGAAAUAUGGGACGUGCAGUGACACACCAGGAGAGGCGGAGAAAGCAGUACCAUAGGGAUGGAAACAUGAACGUUUCAAUUUGCAAGACAAAGUCAUGGUGCAUAUGCAUUUUGGAUGACGUGAGAUUGUGGAAUUGAAUCCCUCCACCACCUGUUGAUGGCAUGUGUUAUGAUUCAGUGAAUUGUUUGGCGUAUUGCUUGUCCCAAUAUCUUCAUGUCUAUUUACUGUGUGCUGCAGCUAGCUCAUCAUGGUCCGACUGCUGAGAUGUGAUGACAGGGUUUUCAGUACAAACACUGAGACGUAUGCACAGCAAAGUUGGUGCUCUUAAGAAAAGUAAAGUUCAGAUAAGUCCUGUCUGCCUCAAUAAACAAAGUUUACGUUGGAACAUUC